AUUCUACUAUUAUUCAGUAUUAUCCUGAUAUGAGUGUGGGAAAAGAGUUUGAUAGCGCCAUACGGGCCUACGGCAUGGCGGACUUUGUACAUGUGCUCGAUGUCGACUGCAGUGCUAGUGUUAUGGUUUUACUGGUCUAAUAUAUAGUGGCUAUACUUAUACUGUGGCAAUGGGGAAAUUGGAGGCAUUUCAAAUAGCAUUUUUCAACACGCACUCGCAGCUAGUACCAGUGUACUAUGCAGGACAGGUGCUCUCUGGACAAGUGAUAGUUGAACUCAAUGAACCCAUAACUAUGCGAGGAAUCAAGUUAACUCUCAAAGGUACUGCGUCGGUGCACUGGUCAGAGCGGCACAAUACUGGGUCUGGCAAACACAGACACAGUCACACAUCGCAUUAUAGAAAUGAGGAACUCUAUUUCAACCAUGAAAUUAUGCUAUUUUCAAAAGAGCCUGGAACUUCAGAUAACCCAACGAUGCCUGCUGGCAGAAGAGUCUUCGACUUCUCAGUUCAGCUGCCACCGCAUCUGCCCUCUACAUUUGAAGGUGCACAUGGUAAUGUGCGCUACAGUGCAAAGGCUUGCAUUGACCGUCCGUGGAAGUUUGACCACACAGCUAAAGGAAUGUUCACAGUAGUCAGUGUCAUGGACCUGAACUCGUCACCAGAGGCUGCAAGUCCCGUGUCUGGUCACAAUGAGAAGUACCUGUGCUGCUGGUGCUGUAAGGAGGGACCUAUCUCUUGCCAAGCGAGUAUCCCUCACAUGGGCUAUGUACCAGGAGAAAACAUCUAUGUGUCGGCUGACAUUGAGAACAAUACCAACAAAGGGUGCAACUACUCUAAAGCAGAACUUAUAGCGUUUGAGAUCAGCCCUAAGGGAGCAGCAUUCGACUUGAAUGUGAGAAUUCCCAUUAUUAUUGGAUCCAUACCGCUGCGUAGUGUGUUCCAAGGAUUGCAGGCCCAGGGUCAGACUACCUUCUCCAACACCAUCCAGCCCGGAGCAAACUAUUCAUCAGGUGGCAUUAUGCCCUACACAGGGAUAGGACCAUCUAAAACUGAUGCAGUAGGAGGCAGUAGUGCCCAUGUUGUGCCGUCAGCACCGAUGAUGCCACUCGCUUUUGACAGCUACCCAGACCUACCACCACCGUCGUACGAGGAGUGUGUGGAUACCACGGUAGAUGUGAGAGAUGAAGAUGAUAGUGAGUACACGAUGGGUGAGCUCAAGUACACACCCUGCUACCCAUACUACAACAACAUCCAGUAGUGGUGGCCAAGCAAGCUAGGAAUCCCAGACCUGGUGAGUCAAGCAGAUGAAGGCAGACGUGCAUCUGUGCUGGUACUUAGAGUGGCUUUAAGAAUUCCAUUAGCAACUGUAGGUCCAGCAAGAAUAUAUUCUAACAGUUUGAGCUUCCUAUUCUAAUUCUUACUUUCCA